CCCACCCGUCCCCUCCUGCUCGCCCAUGGCUCCCAUCGCUGUCGGCGACGCCCUCCCCGACGGCCAGCUCGGGUGGUUCGACGAGAACGACCAGCUGCAGCAGGUCUCCGUCCACGCGCUCGCCGCCGGCAAGAAGGUCAUCCUCUUCGGCGUCCCCGGCGCCUUCACCCCGACCUGCAGCAACCAGCAUGUGCCAGGCUUCAUCACACAGGCUGAGCAGCUCAAAGCCAAGGGUGUAGACGAGAUCCUGCUUAUCAGCGUUAACGACCCCUUCGUCAUGAAGGCGUGGGCGAAGACCUACCCCGAGAACAAGCACGUGAAGUUCCUCGCCGACGGAUCUGGAGCGUACACCAAGGCGCUCGACCUCGAGCUCGAUCUCACGGACAAAGGGCUGGGCGUGCGCUCGAAGAGGUUCGCUCUCCUGGCCGACGACCUCACGGUCACCGUCGCAAACAUCGAGGAAGGCGGGCAGUUCACGAUCUCCGGCGCUGAGGAGAUCCUGAAGGCGCUUUAGAAGCUCCGUCUCCUCUAGAAGCCGCAGCAACGAUCGGUCUAUAGUUUGAACUCGCCUUUGAAUAACUUGUCGUUGGGCAAGGUCUAGUUCGGUGUUGUGUAUGGAACGGUCGUCACUGAGUCAUGCACGAUUUGGUAUCCGUGUUGUUUAUGUUCACCGGUUUGAGG